UUAACACAAAUACAAAACGGAAAGCCUUACAGUAUAUAUACACAUAUAUACACAUAUAUGAACGUACAUAACGUUGUGCUUAAAGGCGGGACCAACCCGCCAUUAAUGCAGUUCUGCCCACCUUCCUUCUCCUAUCUCUCCCUCUACAGUAGCAGCUAGUUGCUCCUUCUAUAAAUCAAAUAAGCUUUGGCUAGAACCAGGUCAACCCUCUCUCUCUAUUGCUAUAUUUAUUAGCUUUUUCUGCAAGGAGACGAACACAGACAAGAAGGAAAGCAUCUUCGUCCUCCUUUCCCUGUUUGUCUCUCUCCCUAUUCUCUUAGCUUUCUACAACCAGACAAGAAGGAAGCCAUCUUUUUGUUCCUUUAUCUGUUUCCGAGGAACUCGGUUCUUCGAAUUUGGUGCUGGAUUCACAGAGGAGAACUCAGAGGAGGAUAGCAUUAUCUGAGAUUUGAUACCAUGGGGGUUUGCUUGAGUGCCCGAAUCAAAGCUGAGAGCCCUUGUAACACAGAUGUAUCCGUAGCUCUUGUUUUAUGUAGAGAUUGUAUGUUUGUAGGGGGGAGCUUGAAGUAUGUUAGCACCGAUGGGACCGAGAGCAGUACAGGUAGCAAGGUCUCGUCGUUUUCGAUGCCCAUGACUCCUCGUAGUGAGGGUGAGAUCUUGCAGUCUACCAAUCUGAAGAGCUUCAGUUUUUCCGAUCUAAAAAUGUCAACCAGGAAUUUCCGCCCAGAUAGUGUGCUGGGAGAAGGCGGUUUUGGUUCAGUCUUUAAAGGUUGGAUUGACGAGCAGUCACUUGCUGCUACCAAGCCCGGAACUGGCAUGGUUAUUGCUGUGAAGAGGCUUAACCAAGAUGGUUUUCAAGGUCACAAAGAAUGGCUGGCUGAAGUGAAUUACCUGGGGCAGCUUUCUCACCCUCAUCUUGUAAAGUUGAUCGGAUACUGCCUUGAGGAUGAACAGCGACUUUUGGUGUAUGAAUUCAUGCCUCGAGGCAGCUUGGAGAAUCAUCUGUUCAGGAGGGGUUCGUACUUCCAGCCUCUUUCAUGGAGUCUCCGUUUGAAAGUCGCUCUUGGUGCUGCAAAAGGCCUUGCCUUUCUUCACUGUGCUGAGACGAAAGUAAUUUACCGGGACUUUAAGACUUCUAACAUCCUGCUCGACUCGAACUACAAUGCAAAGCUUUCUGAUUUCGGAUUGGCAAAGGACGGGCCAACAGGCGAUAAAAGUCAUGUCUCCACCAGAGUUAUGGGAACAUAUGGAUAUGCAGCUCCAGAGUACCUAGCCACGGGACAUUUAACUACCAGGAGUGAUGUCUAUAGUUUUGGAGUCGUUCUGCUGGAAAUGUUAUCCGGGCGGAGAGCAGUUGACAAAAACCGACCUACAGGAGAACACAAUCUAGUUGAAUGGGCUAAACCUUACCUGGCCAACAAACGAAAAAUCUUCCGCGUCCUAGAUAAUCGUCUGGAAGGCCAGUAUACAAUGGAAGGAGCCUUCAAGACAGCUACACUUGCAUUAAGAUGCAUAUCCACAGAAGCCAAGUUCCGGCCAACUAUGGAUGAGAUCGUGACAACUUUGGAGCAACUCCAGGACUCUGCAGUAACUGGAGGCGCGGAGAGCAAUCAAAGAGUUGAGCCCAGGGCUCGCAGGCACAGCUCGGAUGAUGCUAGUAACAGAAGGAAAGUUUCUACAGCUUAUCCUCGGCCCUCUGCCUCACCUCUUUACGCCUGAAACUGGCCAAUCGUACUUGAAAACCUAUUUUUCUCUCUAUUUUACUACAAUGCAAAAUGGGUUUGUGAAGAAACAACCAAUGUACAGUUUUGUUUUUGCUAAUGGAUUGAAAAAAAAAAAAAGAAAUCCCAGAAUUAUGUUAACAGAAUUUGAAGAUGAGAUGAGAGGAACGCAGGCAUAUUUGAAAAUGGUGUAUGUAAAACUCUUGGAUCUACAGCUCGGAAAACAGAAAAACCACUCUUGUGCCGCCAUUAGUUUAGUAGUACCUUUCUAGCCUGGCUGCUUGUAAUUUACACUUUUUUAUUUUAUAUUUUUGGCAAAUAUAUUUCUUUUUUCGUGGUCU